AUGGUCUAUCUUGUCAACGGAGCCAUUUGCGAUGGACUUGGGCAUUUGAAGAUAAAACCCAUUGAGGUAAAGCAGCUAUACAUUUCUGACAUAGACCUGCCGUUCAGUCAUUCCACCCUACGGCCACUCUUGAAGAUCCUCAAGGGAUCCGCUCGUCUAGAGCAGCUUUCCUUUGUGCGAUGCUGCAUAACAGAUACCUUGCUGGAAGAGCUGCUUGGUGCGCUGCGAUUUUCUCCUUCUCGUGCGCGAAUAAGACAUUUGUCAUUGGAAUGUAACAGGCUUACCAACAAGGCCCUUACCUCCCUAGCUCUCUUCAUUAUUCAAAACAGGCCCCCUAUCACAAGAUUGAACAUAGGAAACUGCAUUUAUAGCCUCCACUCAUUCUCUCACGACUCCACCGUGAGUCUCCUCCGAAUAAAGUCGCUACUACAGCCAGUUUGCUUUGAGGCUGACGACUCUGGGCUGCUGUUCAUGCAGACGCAACGGAAAGUCCCUAGCUAUCACGGCAACACCUUCUCAACUCCUGGUGUCUGCUAUCUGCUGGAGAAUCUCUUUAAAGCAUCAUACGUACACUCUACGCUGUUCUUGGAGAUGAUUAAUCUUUGCGGCACACGCACGAUGAUGACACUCUCUUUGGUACAAAAGCUAUUGCGCUUCAAUUCUAUUGGCUACUUAGGAAUGGACCUUUCGGACCUGUAUGGGGAGCGGCUUUUGUUUGACAGUAGGCGUACGCUAAGCCUCCUUCUAGGGGCACGGGUCAUCCGAUGCAUUGACACUGAGAGUGGUCUCCUUACCACAGACUCCCAGUGCAUGCGUCAGCCGGAUCUCUAUGUGUGUAACUUUGCUUCCUCGGGUGUAUCCGCCUACACCUCUCCGGUCGACGAGAAGAAAGCCCGCAGAAGCCCACGUCUUCAAGUCCAGUCGCAUAAAGAGGAGCAUAGGAUUCACAAACUGGACGCUCUUUCAACUGUACUGGUCAGCGGAGAGGCGGAGAAUAUCGUUAAGAACAAUGAUGAAAGUAACAAUCAGGCUGUUCCUGUUUUUCAAAAGUCAGUAGACAGUUCCGGAUGGAUUUUAGACGCGUUUCAGGAUACGGUCAACGAUGACUUGAGUCGCAAUACCAACAUGGUCCAUUCACUUCAGGCAGCGGUGGCUUUUAGAAAUCAGAGAACCGAGCAGAAGAGGGUUGAUGACGAGCAGGCUGAGAUCACCGAUGACGACUACCAGGAAGUCAUUAUGUCCCCAGAACAUGCCAGCCUUCCUGCCUAUCCGUUGAUAGACCCAUCCUUUGACGACAAUGAUAGUAGCUACGUGGCUCCCGAAUUUGUUCGAAAGCUUUUAGCGACUUCUCCUGUUGAUGGUAUUGUUGAGAGAGGGAGCACGCAUAGUUCUUUGUCAGGCUCUGAGAACCUAGGGGUAUUGCGAGAGAGGAAAAGUUUGUUGGAGCUAGCUGAGCUGUCUACAAGCGGUCAUAGUGUUGAGGGCCAACAUUAUGUGCCCCCUGAGCAUCAGUACGGCAUAAUUUCUCCGGCAAGUGGUGGCAUGGUGCGACGUAGAAAUCCUCCACAGCUAAUCAAUCAUGAACGGCCAGACUCUCUCCAGAAUGUGAGCAAGAGGGCCAUCUCUCUCCCAUCAGACACUUAUCUGCGGGAGAAAACCCAAAAGCAAUCGUCUCCAAACACGUGUCUUCUUAGAUUCAUGGAUCCACCAGUGAUACCGCCAGAUAAUGCAGACGAGUUUCCCUCGUUGGCCCCUUUGUCGGUCGAUGUUCGCCGGUCCUUUGUGAGCAGUAGCCGCUCCAGUAUUGUGCGGCGUCUCCUUCUGCAGUAG